UGAUGAUGGGAGGAGUGAGGAGCUGUCAGAAAGCACGUGGCCCUCGUCUGAUCUCACAGCUCGUCCUUGUUUGGCCUCAGCUGCAUCAGAGCGCCACUUCUCCCCAGGUUCACCAGAGGAAACACCACUGCACAAAAUGCUUUUCCUCCCAGCUGCUGCUCUGUGCUGUCUGUGUUCAGCGCUGGUUGCCAUGGCAGCAGAUCUGGUUCAGGACCAGUUAUCAUUGACCAGGAGAGUUGGUCAGUCUGUCUCCUUCAGCUGUGGAACUGAGGAGUGUGAUGGUGAUUAUGUAGCCUGGCGCCAGAAGAACGACAAAGAAACAUUCAGAUGGAUUCUGUCUAUUCACAGGAACACUAGUCAAAUUACAUCAAAUGAUGAUCAUCCUCAGAAAGAUGAUUUCACAGCUGAGAACAAAGAGAACGGCUGUGAGUUGAAGAUAGAGACAGUUAAAGUCUCUCAUUCAGCCUCCUACUACUGCUCCUGUUGGAAGAAGGAUUCCCACACUCUGUUCCUCAUGGACGAGGACGUGGAAGAGGCAGAGGUCAGAGGUCAGAGGUCAGAGUGGGACUGGUACCAGCAGCCUGGAACCUGCUGCUUCAUCAUUUGGACUCGUUCACCUCAGCUGACACAUUCAACAGCAGACAGGUUUUUGUAUCAGUCUCUCUCACUGUGGGAGUCUGGAAAGUGGUACGGCAUCUUUGGCUCUGGAACUAAACUGUAUGUAACAGAUGAGGACGUAGUAAAGCCCGUGGUGAGCGUGUACCCAGCAGCAUCCAGAGCCCACCUGGAGGGGAAGACCUCCCUGCUGUGUCUGGCCUCAGGCAUGUUUCCGCCUCUGGUCCAGUUCUCCUGGAAAAGACCAAAGAAGGAUGGUUCUCUGGAGGAGCUGCCCUCUGCUGAGGGAGAGCAGCUGGAGCUCAGAGAGUCGGGACGCACCACCUCCAUCUUGCUGGUCCAUCAGCCAGAGAACAGCACAUAUAAAUACCACUGCUAUGUCAAGCACGAGGGGGGCACAGUGGAGGCCCAAAUACAACGAGUGGUUCCCCUGGAUCCUCUCCAGCCUCAGUGCAGGGUGAAGCUGCUCUGUCUGCUCUACACAGUGCUGAUAGUGAAGAGUCUGGUGUACUGUUAUGGAUUCUUCAUGGUGAUGAUCCUCAGAAACUAGGGACCGUCCACCAACUGCACACAUGCUGACUGACUGUUUCUGCUCGCCUUUUCUCUCCAUCUAAUCUCAGCAUCAUCUCAUUUAUUCAUUGCUCAGCAGUCAGACAUUCACACUUUAGAAACAGUCAUACUAUAGAUAACAAAUACAUUUAUCACACAUAUUUGUGCAGAUACUAAUUUUGGAUUCUGUCUUGUACUUUUAUUUUAAUACUCUAUAUCCACUUGAAAUUAUGACUUCUAUAUUAACUGGAAAUUAAGCAGAGUCAUUAUUUGUCUAAUAAUUAAUCUUUUGUUCACUGUAUAUUUUUUGUUCUUACAUUUCUUUUCAAUACACUCUGCAGAGUC